AUGAGCCAAAUUUUUCAAGUUUCUCAGUAUAUUGUGUAUCUUAACGAAUUCUUAGGAUCCCUAUCCGCUCGUGGAGCGCAGAACUCGGACAGAAUCUAUGCCAACUUCCGUGAUGGCAUACACUUACAUAGACUUGCGGACGAGUUAUCACCGAGUCAUGCGCUGACUAAAAGUGAUGGUGCAGAAAUAUUGGGCUCACAAGCAUCGCUAGCAAGUGGAGGAGCAUCACUCGGUGACAAAUACGAAGCAGAUAUUCGAAAAAUGGCUCGAGAACUCGAAGGCUACCGCUACACGAUUAGCAAACUUACCAGAAAACAGGAAGACUAUUCGCAUAUUAUGGAAAUGUUCCAAAAUAAGCUGUCACAGCUGAGUAAACAAGUGGACAAAUCACAACUGAAGGUG